AUGGCAGAAGAAACAUUUUGCCCUUUCCUUGCUAAAGUCACCGAACAAGCUCUCCACUUUGAAUCACCUAAAAUCCCUCCAUGUAUACCUCCUCCGCACCGGUCUUCACCACAACAAUUUCGCCGUCUUAAACUUUAUCACCCAUUGAGCUUCUCUUGGACUCAUGUCGUAUGCAGCUCAGCUGUUCGGUCAAAUUUGGUUAAAAUUGGGGUCAAUCUCGAUAUCUUUGUGGGUACUAGUUUGGUUGAUUUUUAUACUGCCAUGGGGGAUUUGAACUUGACGAAGAAAGUUUUUGAGGACUUGCCAGAUAAAGAUGAGGUAACAAGGUAUGCGAUGUUAUCUAGCUAUGUUAACAAAUUUAAUGACAUGGGGAAAGCUCGGGAUUUGUUUGAAAAGAUACCAUGUAAGGAUCUUGUAAUUUGGGAUACCAUAAUCCUGGAGUAUGUCAAAGCUGGGGAGUCAGAGCUAGCAAAAAAAUAUUUUGAUAGAGCGCCUGUUAAGGAUUUACUCAUGUUCAAUACAAUUUUAGGUUGCCUUGCCAAGAAUGGUGAAGUUGAAUGUCUUUUGAGAUUGUUUCAUGAAUUGCCUUGUAGGGAUUUGGUAUCUUGGAAUACGAUUAUUGGAGGGCUCGCUGGAGCUCUAGAUACUGGGAUGUGGUUGCACUCAUAUAUUGACAGGAGGUGUUCUGAGUUAAAUAUUAUGAUUGGGACAGCGCUGGUGGAUAUGUAUUGCAAGUCUGGUGAUUUGGAGAGUGCUGGUUGGUUGAUGAGGAAAAAGUGCUUUUAUGGCAUGUCUGGAGAUUUUGGUUUAACACCAAAGUUGGAGCAUUAUGGUUGUAUGGUUGAUCUCCUCGGUCGAGCCGGUUUGCUAGAUGAAGCGUAUAAUUUGAUUCAAUCUAUGCUAUAUGAGCCACAUGCAGGUGCCUGGAGUGCCUUACUAGGUGCAUGCAAGAUACAUAGAAAUGUUGAACUUGCUGAAAAGGCCAUAGAACACUUGAUCAAACUUGACCUUGAGGAUGGGGGCUACCUAACAAUUAUGUUCAAUAUAUAUGCUAAUGCAUGA